AUGCCGCAUCUGCUCCCCGAUCGAAGAAGCGUUAAUGUCUUCAUCGUCGAUAUCAUCAGAGGUGCUGUUUAUAACACGAGUAGUGCCGCCAAUCUAGUUGGCAGGACUGGUGCCGCCAACCUGGUUCCCUCGACUGGUGCCGCCAACCUGCUUCUCUUGUUUGGUGCUGCCAAUCUGCUUCCCUCCACCCAGGGAGUUGUCAAAUCGGUUCAGAUCAUCCCAUUUGGUCCUUACGAAAACACUGUUCUAAACUUGGAAUUGCAGCUAGGUGGUAAGCGUGUAGGGAUUGUGGGCUUGGGAAGCAUUGGUUCUGAAGUUGCAAAGAGGCUCUUAGCCUUUGGCUGCACCAUUGCCUACACCUCAAGAAACAAGAAGCGAUCUGUUUCAUUUCCAUUCUAUGCUAAUGUCCGGGACCUUGCUUCAAAUAGUGAUGUUCUCGUUCUUUGUUGUGCACUGACAAAGGAAACUUACCACAUGAUCAAUAAGGAUGUCAUGGUAGCAUUAGGGAAGGAAGGAGUGAUAAUCAACGUCGGGCGUGGCUCGUUGAUCAACGAGAAGGAAUUAGUGCAGUGUUUGGUGGGGGGAGAAAUGGGUGGUUCUGGUCUUGAUGUGUAUGAAAACGAGCCUAAUGUCCCAAAGGAGCUAUUUGGACUUGAUAAUGUCGUGUUGUCUCCACACUGCGCUGUCAUGACUCCAGAAUCCUUUGAAGCUUUGGACCAGCUGAUUGUUGUCAACUUAAAAGCCUUCUUUUCCAAUAAACCUUUGGUAUCAGUAGUCUCAAAUGAAUGA